AUGCAACCUCCUCAAAUCAGUCUUUCGUGGCCUGUCUGCUCACAUGAUGUUCUCAAAUCGAUCGUUAAUGCGAAACUAGAUGAUAUCGUGGAGGCAGAUGUUACCAGCCCAUUUGAUGAAUCGCAUUUCCUUGAAGCACAUCGACCGCCAGCGAACACCGAGUCACCCGAGCUUACACUCCAGUUUCCUGAGCGUGGUGUUGGCAUUGCCGGGUUAGAAGUCCAUAGCAAUGCAAGAUUUCUCGAGCUUUACGCAGACGAAGAGUACUGCGGCUCUUUUGAAGGAUCUUCAAUAUCUGAAAGGUAG